UUAUUUUUGUUUUUUAUUGUUUUUCUAUGUUUUAUGUUGGAGUUUUUUUAUAAGAAUAUUACUAAAAUAAAACUUAUUUACAUAAAUAUGACUAUUCAUUACUAAAACUUAAUGCUGUGGUAACUUAAGUUCAAAACUUGAACAUGAAUUACUAUAAUUUCAUUACUACUCUAGUAAUGAAUCAUAUUAGUGUAAACCAUAUUUAUUUUGGUCAUAUUUAUGUAAUUAUUUCUUUAUGUUGUUGCUAAUAUACAAAAACCUAAAUUUAUCAUUUUAAGUGUGUGUAUAUAAGUAUAUUUGUAUAUGUGUUCUUUCCCAAAAGAAGUAGCAAAGAUAAGUAGAAACCCAAAUAAACAAUAAAAAUAGAAGUUAACAAUAAGAAAAACAAUAAGCAACACGAUACAACAAUAAGCAACAAGAAGCAACAAGAAACAACAACAUGCAACAAAGAACAGCAUAUGUAGUAUAACAAAAAUCAACAUGAUACAACAAUAAGCAACAACAUGCAACAAAGAACAACAUAUGCAGUAUAAUAAAAAUCAACAUGAUGAAACAAAACGCAACAUAGUGCAACAAAAAGAAACAAAAAAUGUCUUGAUCGAACCUAAUGACCAUAAGCAGAGAUAUCCAUAAGGUUUGGCGCCAAAGUUGGUUCAGGUUCCUUAAUUUCAAUCACCACACAAUCAGGCAUGAAAAUAUGUUGGCCACUGAUGAAGCGUGCUCUAAGCAACAUACACCUCACCGCUUUGGUUGGAUCAAUGAUUCUAGUAGCCAUGAAAUCUUCAUAGUUGCCCGUUGCAGCGUAGUAUCCAUAUUUUUUGUUAUCACUUGAAAAAACCUUCUUCCUUUUUGCAUCCAACUGAUCCAAGUACCACAUCAAUUAUUAGUAAACGUAAUGUUUCUUGGAAAGUACAUUGAAUAACUAUUCUCAUCAUGCUCAAUCAUAGGUGUGUGUAAUAUGGUAGGCAUUCACAAGGGAGAUGUAUAUGUACCAGUUAGAACUUCAAAUGGACAAAUACGGAGUAAUUUCUUGUUGAAAGAUAUAAACAAUUAGAAGACUGUCAUCUCAAUGAUGAUCUAAACCAACUCAUAACUAGACAUGGCUUUACACGUUAAAUUAAGCCAAACAAAAAAAUGGUCAUGAACUAUCAAGCCAUGUCAACUUAAGCAUUGCUGCCAGAAGUCUGAUAUAGUUUCAGCAGGUCCUAACAUCCUAGUAAGUAGCUUUAGGUCAUUCUUUAACAAACCAUUUCCUGCCAAAGUCAGGACAGAUAUGUUUGAUGGCAAGGAUAUCAGAUGAAGCUUGGUUGUGGCAUGCAAGGUUUGGACAUCUAAACUUUCAGGCUUUGAGAAGAUUAUCAACUCAGAAAAUAGUUGAGGGAAUACCUAUCAUAUCACAAGUAGAUCAGCUGUGUGAUGGGAUUGUGGUAGGAAAGCAACACAGGAAGGUCUUUCCAAAAUUGGAAACUUUCAUAGCAAAGGAACAACUUGAACUUGUUCAUGGUGAUCUAUGUUGCCCAAUAUCACCAAUAGCACCUGGAGGUAAUAGCUAUUUCAUGCUAUUGGUAAAUGACUUUUCUAGAUUCAUGUGGAUCACACUUCUUAAAUGCAAAAGUGAGGCUUUUGAGGCAUUUAAGAAGUUUAAAGCUCUGACUGAAAAUGAAGUGUCAAAGAAACUGAGGUGUUUCAGAACAGAUAGGGGAGGGGAAUUCAAGUCAAAUGAAUUUCAAAAUUAGUGUGAAUAACAUGGAAUUAAAAGGCAUUUUACCACUCCAUACACACCUCAGCAAAAUGGAGUGGUUGAGAGGAGAAAUCAAACUGUAAUGAGUAUGACAAGAAGCAUUAUGAAGAGGAAAAAUGUUCCUGCAAAACUGUGGAGAGAAGCUGCAAGAACUUCAGUAUAUAUACUGAAUAGGGCACCUACUAGAAGUGUUGAAUUAAUGACUCCUUACCAAGCAUGGUAUGAAUGAGCACCAAAUGUUGAACAUCUUCGUGUGUUUGGCUGCUUGGCACAUGCUAAGGUAACAUCUCCACACCUUAGCAAACUGGCAGAUAGGAGCAUUAAAACAAUUAUGCUUGGUUAUGAAGAAGGUACAAAGGGCUAUAGAUUGCUAGAUCCAGUCAAAGAAAGAAUUAUAGUCAGUAGGGAUGUGUUUUUUGAGGAAGAUAAGAGGUGGCCAUGGCAUGAUAAUCAAGAAGAAGGGGUGACAAAUAAAGAAGAUGCUUUCACUGUAAACAUGGAAGGACUGGAGGCAGAUCAUGAUAGUGAAACCUCAAAUGAAGAUCUGGGAAACAUGUCACAACCUACAACUCCAAUGAAUGAUGACCAGAGUCUAUCAAGAACCAGUUCAGAUGCUAGCACCGAUCAUCUUAGAUACAGAAGUCUGCAGGAUAUCUAUGACUCAACAAGAGAGAUAGAAGAGGAAGUUGGCCUGUGCUUUCUAGCUAUUGAUGAGCCUAGAAACUAUGAAGAAGCAGUUGGGAAUCAAAAUUGGGAGGAAGCUAUGGCUCAAGAAAUCAAUUCCAUAGAAAAGAAUGGAACAUGGGAGCUCACAGAUAUUCUAAAGAAUCAAAAGGCCAUUAGAGUAAAAUGGGUGUUCAAGCUCAAAAAAGAUCCAGAAGGAAGAAUUGUGAAUUACAAAGCCAGGUUAGUUGCAAAAGGAUAUGUUCAUAAUUAUGGAAUUGAUUAUCAAGAGGUGUUUGCACCUAUAGCUAGAAUGGAAACAGUAAGGACACUUCUAGCCUUAACUGCACAAAGAGGCGGGGAAACACAUCAUAUGGAUGUUAAGACAGCCUUUCUUAAUGGUGAUUUGGAGGAAGAUGUUUAUGUUAAGCAACCAGAAGGUUUCAUUGACAAAGAAAAUCCAAACAAGGUUUUAAAACUACAUAAAGCAUUGUAUGGAUUAAAGCAAGCACCCAGAUCUUGGAACAUAAAGCUUGACAAGUGUCUAAAGUCACUCACUUUUGAAAAAUGCCCUUUUGAGCAUGCUGUGUAUGCAAGGCAGGAUAAGAAUCACAUUAUGAUAGUUGGAGUAUAUGUGGAUGACCUUAUUCUGACAUGCUCAAGUAGUGAGAUCAUAUAUAAUUUCAAGAUUGAGAUGCAAAAAAGGUUUGAAAUGAACGACCUUGGUUUGUUGAGCUAUUAUCUUGGAAUUGAAGUGCAGCAAAGAGGUGAGAGCAUUACUCUAUGCCAAGCAGGAUAUGCUAGGAAGUUACUUGAAAAACUUGGAAUGGCAGAGUGCAAUACUUGUUAUAUUCCUAUGGAGCCUAGAAAAAAGUUGAGCAAACAAGAAGGAGAUCUGAUAAGUUCGUAUUUCAACACGCAUUUGAUGCGUGUUGGGGUCGGAUUUUGAUGACUUUCCUAACUUUUGGGUAUCGUAAGUCUCAAUUUUAGCUCAAGUCAUGUGUACCGGGCGUAGGUACGAGUUUUGGUAUUUUUCAGAGUUGAAAUCAGGUUUUUGGGACCCGGCAUCGGCAUUUGGAAAGAGAUCGGGACGAGUUAAGAAGCAUUCGAGAGUGAAUUUUACAGUUCUGGAGGCCACCGGGAGAUUGAUGAUGAUGUUUUGAUGAAGAAAGAGCUAUUGGAUCGAUCGAGUGGUCAAACGGAGGCUUAAAACGGAAGAAAUCGAAGAAAAUGAAGAAGAAAGGCCACGCACGGCCGUGCGUACAGGGACGCACGGCGUGCGUGCGUGGCAGUAGCGGUUAAAAAGAAUAAUGAGCAACGCACGACCGUGCGUCCGGGUACGCACGCCGUGCGUCCAAGGCGUUAAAUGGAAGGAAGCCACUGGCGGCAACGCACGGCCGUGCGUCCAGGUACGCACGCCGUGCGUUCAAAGCGUUUUUUCGAAGAAGUGCUACUGGCAGCAACGCACGGACGUGCGUAGGGGAACGCACGCCGUGCGUUGCCUAUUUUUACACGGACGUCCGUCGGACGCACGGACGCAACGCACGCCGUGCGUAGGCUCCGUGCGUACCGCGGAUCUGUCCUUUUUCGACCCAAACUCAUUGUUUUCUAUAAAUAAGGCCUUCCUAACCCCGUUUUGAGGUGGGGGAAACCUAGAGAGAAGAUUAGGGACGUGUUUUACAGUGUUUUUCCGCUAUUUUGUUCAAGACCCUGAGAUUCUUUAUGACCCGCACCAAGCAUUCCGCUAAGAGGCACCGGGACAACACCGGUGCUAGCUCCAGCCGGGCCAACCCAAACAGAAAUCAGCAGCCGAUUGUACCCUACCAACCUCAGUUCCGCGACAAUGCUCAAUGAGAGAAAUAUGAGGAUUUGAUGCAACGGCGAAUAGGCAAAGUUUUGUUCCCCCAUUUGCCUACACUGGAGAGGGCUGGAUUACGAGACGAGGUUAUGGAGUUAUUGUCCCGAGACUGGUGGCAACACCUCUUCUUCGGCAUCAAUGAGCCGACUUACAAAGAGAUCACUUGCGAGGUGCUUUCUUCUUUCAGGGCUCCAAGGGAGAUUACCAACAAUUUUCACCCAGUGAUCAAGUUCAGAGCCUUUGGGGAGGAUCAUGUGUUCUCAGCAAGUGACAUCUCUGGGCACUUAGGUUUUAAUCAUUUGGGGGAUGUUGCCCGCUGGGAUGGUAGCCUUUUAGACUUUCCGCCGGAGGUGAAUCAGCAAUAGUUUUGGGAGUCUAUUACUGUUAAUGGGGGCAAGUACAACUCACAGAUUUCGCCUAGCACGGUCCUACAUCCACUCAAAUACCGCGUCAUCCAUGCCUUGUUGAGUUCCACAGUUUCCGGCCGCGCAGAGAAAGGCGGCAAGGUCUCCUCCACUGACUUCUUCUGUCUCUAUUGCAUGAUUUAUGGGAGGAGGCCGAUCUUUGGCGCUCUCUUCGCGGGACUUUUUGCCAGGCACGCUAGUUAUCGGGUCAAGGAGAUUUUUGCUGGCCCGUACAUUACCCGCAUGAUGAAGGCGAUGGGGUAUGGAGACCGUCUGGAGGGGAUGACAGUCGUAGAGCAUAUUUAUCCGAUGGAGACGCUGCCCAAGGAGAUUCCAGCUGGACGCCGAGCAGCUAGGCACACAGAUGAUGAUGCUAGUGGCGCUGAGGGCCACCAGCAGGCUGAGCAGGAUGACGCGCAUGAGAUGAUGCACGGGGCCCCCGUUCUGCCCCCGCCCCAGGGACAUGUGUUUCCCAACUCUUGGGAGGGGAUGCAUCAGCAUAUAGAGGAUGUUUAUGGCCGACUUUUUGAGCACCAGCAGCAGUUUUUCACGCAGAUGAGCAACGAUGUCACUGCAGGCUUCUCCAGUCUUGAUUUGAGGAUGACGUCAUUGGAGCAGAGAUGGGACAGACAGUUCCCCGAUGAUCAGCAGCCACCCCCUCCCCCAUUUUAGAUUAUGAUACAUUGUACCCAUAUUGAUCACAUUCUGCACUGAGCACCUGACACUACUUUUACUCUUUGUUUUCAUGGAUGUUUUCUUUCUGCUUUGUUGUGAUUGCAGCUUUUAUUGAUAAUUGAUCGUUGCUUAGACGUUUGGAAUGAAGGAUCGAUUGAGUUCAAGACCGACCAAAGACCUAGGGGAGUUUCUACGUUCCUUACUCGUACUUUUUCGCCUGCCUUUUGUUGACUUGAGUUGAUGUUGAGCACGCGCGACCCUUUCCCUUUAUCCCCUUGUGCAUUGUGCAUUUUUGGACAUCGAGGGCGAUGCCAAAGUUUAAGUGUGGGGGAGUGAAUUGGGCAUUCGGGCAUUAGUUGUUAUUUGUAAUUAUUAGAGUUAGCAUGCGCAGGUGUUAGUUGUAUAUUCAUAGGAAAGUUAUGUCAAAAUUUUCGAAAAUUUUUCUUUAAACUAUGUCUUUGUGAGCUGGCUAGCGUUUUUUACUAUGCUCUUAUAACAUCUUUGAAGUGUUUAGACUUAAAGUGCUAGCACUAUAUUCCAGUUACUGAGAGGAUGAAGGCAUUAGUCACCAAUAAAAUAAAUUCAUAAAACAUCCACCUCACCAAAAUUUUCCCCUUAGGAGAAGCCAUUUUGAGCCUGACCGUUCUUUGUUUACCCAAUUAAUUGAGCUCCAUAGCGAAAUGACCUGUGUUUUCUUAACCCGUGAAUAUUUCUGACUUAGUCUUGAUGUUUAAGGAACUAGGGGAUGAAUUGCUAAGAUUAGGGAAUUUUUGUAGGAGCCAUUUUUGGCACUGUUCCUAUGCCCCAAAUAAGGUAAGAGCAGUCACUUUUUAGGAAUUUGAUAUUUUCGAGGAUUGCAUUGUAGGCAUGGAUUCACCUUUUUAAUUAAUGAACUUUAAUGGCUAUUUUUCCUUGGUGAGGCCGAGAUUAGAAUGGGGUAAUGUCUAGUGAGAAUCCGAAAGGUGAAAAAUUAAUAUAGCUAGACCUCUUACUUUGCGAAAAAGAGAAUGGGAGCCCCAGUCAAAAAGCGUAAGAUGAGACUUGGGUAUCUUUCGAAAGAAACGGCGUUUGAUGCGUGUUGGGGUCGGAUUUUGAUGACUUUCCUAACUUUUGGGUAUCGUAAGUCUCAAUUUUAGCUCAAGUCAUGUGUACCGGGCGUAGGUACGAGUUUUGGUAUUUUUCAGAGUUGAAAUCAGGUUUUUGGGACCCGGCAUCGGCAUUUGGAAAGAGAUCGGGACGAGUUAAGAAACAUUCGAGAGUGAAUUUUGCAGUUCUGGAGGCCACCGGGAGAUUGACGAUGAUGUUUUGAUGAAGAAAGAGCUAUUGGAUCGAUCGAGUGGUCAAACGGAGGCUUAAAACGGAAGAAAUCGAAGAAAAUGAAGAAGAAAGGCCACGCACGGCCGUGCGUACAGGGACGCACGGCGUGCGUGCUUGGCAGUAGCGGUUAAAAAGAAUAAUGAGCAACGCACGGCCGUGCGUCCGGGUACGCACGUCGUGCGUCCAAGGCGUUAAAUGGAAGGAAGCCACUGGCGGCAACGCACGGCCGUGCGUCCAGGUACGCACGCCGUGCGUUCAAAGCGUUUUUUCGAAGAAG